UUGAGACAGCAGAGGGGUCAUGUGAAGCCUGUGAUAGCUCCUGUUUGUCAUGUGAUGGGAUCAAGUCCCAGUGUCUGUCCUGUGCUGAUGGACACUACUUGGAGAUUGGUAUGUGUAGACUCAACUGUUCACUGCGGACAUAUCCUGCAGAUGAUGGCACCUGCAGACGCUGUUCUCCCCACUGUGACGUUUGCUCAGAUGACAGGACCUGUUUCAAAUGCAGUUUCCUCUACCUGAUGCUGAACGGUGUGUGUAAGGCUAGUUGUCCCAUGGGCUAUUAUGAGGACAUGGAGGAGGGCCGCUGUGGCCAGUGCCACCCGACCUGUGACAGUUGUUCAGGGCCCCUGGCAGACGACUGCGAGACCUGCUCCACGUUUAGCCCCAAACUCUAUAAGGGCGCGUGCUCCAAAGACUGCCCCACUGGUACUUACUAUGAAACUGAAGCUAUGGAAUGCCAAGAGUGCCACCAGACUUGUAUCAGCUGCUCCGGCUCAGACCCAAACCAGUGCACCCAGUGCGAGAAGGGACUUGUGCUGGAUCCAAACACAUUGUUGUGCGGCGUGACAGGUGACACAGACUGCCCACCAAGGACCUACCUACACGACGACCGGUUCACCUGCAUGGGUUGCCACCGGCACUGUUACUCUUGUGAGGGGCCGAACAACGAUGAAUGCCAGACCUGUGCCGUCCCCAAAUACCUUCAUAACAGCAGCUGUGUGAUUGAGUGCCCGGCUGGUACAUACGACACAAAGCAGGAGGCUGACGGAGCAGAGCUGGGGCUCUGUUUGCCUUGUGAUCACGCCUGUUCCACCUGCACUGCAUCAUCGCCUAAAGACUGCCUCGCUUGCUCUCCAGGACACCUGCGUCUCCUCCAACUCUGUGUCACUCAUUGUCCAACAGGGUAUUAUAGAGAGGGCUCCCACUGCGAGAAAUGUGACCAGUCCUGUGAGCUGUGUACAGGAGCCGGACCUGAGUCCUGCAGGGCCUGUGCACCUCCUCUUCUGGAGCUGCAAGGCACUAAGCUGUGUGUCGAGCACUGCCCUCACCGCUUUUAUCGGCUCAAUGACGUCUGCAAACAGUGCCACACCAGUUGUCGUACAUGCACAGAUGCCUCGCCUCAGGGAUGUGUGACGUGCGACUGGGGCAGCACUUUAAAAGAUAAAGUCUGCUAUCCACGUUGUGAGGAGGGCCGAUACUUUUCAGAAAAGGAAACCUGUGAGCCGUGUGACGGCUCGUGUAGACAUUGCACUGGCCCCAGACCUGACCAGUGUUUGACUUGUCACCGGGAUUUUGCUCUUCAUGCCGUGGAGAGCCGCUGUGCCCGCUGCUGUCAGGCUGGAGGGAAUGACACUGAUUGCUGUGUUUGUGACAGCCGCUCAGCUCUGUGUGUGGAGGCCCCCCAACCCAAGUCAGGAGACAAUCAGGCAACAGACCUGAAUAUGACGUCUGCAGCUCUGAAGCACACCUCAGCUGGCUUGCCUAUCGCCCUUCUGCUCGCACUGGGUUUGGCUCUGGCUGUGUUUGCCUUGGUCAAGGCCCAUGCCAGGAAGAGGCUUUGCUGGGGCCAAAGCUAUGAGAGACUGAGCGGCAGCGCCAGCAUCAACAUGCCCCACGGUGUUCCAGAGCCGGACAGUGGAGACGAGGUGGACGUGGUGUACACCAGUAGAGGUGGAUCAGUGUAUCGACGCUACAGUUUUAUCCAUGAGCAGGACACGCAUGCAGACCAGGAAGUGGAUGAGAGCACAUGUCUCAAUCAAUCUUAGAUGAAGCCAGAGCCAACUGUUAUCUGAAGAAUGUAUAGUUGAUACUCACAAUAUCAAGACAGGUGAAUUCAAAAAUAGUAUAGUUAAUGUUUAGAAGAGAAUGUAGUGGUAUUUUGCUUUGGUAUGUUGCUGACCCUACAGUGCCUCUACCUGUAUAAUGCACAUUCUUAGAUGAGGCACUUGUGAGUAAACAGUGGAAGAAAUACUUGUAUGUGUAUGUGACUUUUUCUUUUUAUGACUUUAUAUUGAAUAAGUAUUUGUUAAACAGUAAAAUCAUCAUGUAUAAGAAUUUAACUGCGUGGUUUGUUGUAAAUAGAAAUUUAAAUGAAAUAAAAUCUUUUCUACCU